GUGCGUACGGACAGGAUGGAGGCAGCGGACAAGGCUGAGCGUCUGCUCUCGGAGUUUGCGGCGACGAUAGAGCAAGCUCAUCGUGACAUGGAGGAGGAGGAGGAGGAGGAGGAGCCUGCAGGUUGGAAAGGCGUGUCAGGAGUGACGCGGGUGCCUUCCACUCCUGGCUCAGCAUAUGAGGAUUCUACAUUAGAAGGAACAGACAGACCUUUCCUCGCCACGCUAGUGGAGUGUCGCCCUUCCCCGCUCAACAACACGUGUGAGAGCGCCACCAGCAACGCGUCCGAUCGACUCGGCAAAUCAAAGGUUCAGUUCACCGCCGCCGGAGACAAAGAGAAGUGUGAGUUUCUAGCUGCGAUGGAGUCGUUACAAGAUCAGGUGGAAGCUGACAUUUCUCUGGAUGCGGACGUGUUUGCGUUGGACAGACGAUGGGCCGACUGGUGCAACGAGAUCAGACACAGAGUACUAACGGAAAUCAUGUCAAUGAAAUCCAAGUGGAAGCGAGACUAUGAAAACGAAAUGCGGAUAGAGAAGCAAAGGUUUGUCCAAAACAUUGCCAAUCUGGAGAAGGAGUUACAGUCGACCAGGCAGGUGGUGGACACUUACCAGGCCUCCGUCGAACGUAAGGACCAGAUAGUAGCCAAUCUCACAGAUGCUCUGCAGAAGCAGCAGGAUAAACUGGAGCAGUCUAAAGUGUUCUACGCCGGUCGGGCGGAGCAGGAGGAAGCUAAGAGAAGGGCGCGUCUGAGUCGCGUGGCGGACUUCAUGUAUCGACGACGGCUGCAGCUGAAGGCGUGGACGGCGUGGCGAGCGACGGUGCAGCGACGCUGGCGGGACCGUGUAGAACGCGUGAGUCAGCGCAGAGCACAGGAGAUGUCAGCCAACAUGCAGUGUGAAAACGAGCUCAGACUGUCUAAGGCGCAGCAGGAGCUGGCUGAUGCGAGGCGGGAGAUCAGCAGACUGCUGACGAGUAGACAAGACUGGGAAGACUCGAUGAAGACCGCGUUCAUGCGAGGCGUGUCCGCCCUCAACAUGGACACACUGGGAGCAUUCCAACCUACGUCCGAGAGUGGCGCACCGGGCAGACCCAGGCAGGACGGCGAGGGAUCGAUGAGUGGUCAUCAGCGUGCGUCCGGCAGCAGGCAGUGGGAGCCCGCGUGUAACGGCGUCCCCGGCCACCAUCCCGCCCCGGCCUACAGCGACGCCGCUACGACGACACGCGGCGACAACCGCUCGCCUCCAUCCCUCGCUCGCUACUGGGACGACGACCGCGGCGCGAACCGCGGCGGCGCCACGCGUGGCAGGACGAACAAGCGAACGCUCGCGCGACGCCCGGCCCGUGGGCGACUGCGGAGGGCGAGCGAGCGCCGCAGGUGUACAUACACGUGAUGCCGACGACGGCGGCGGCGGCGGCGGCGGUGCCUGCAGGCGAGGGUUACGCGGACGCUCCCCCGGGGAGGACGGCUGGUGGUGGCGGCAGCGGUCCCGCGGCAGCGAGGGAGGCGUUACAGGGACUGUGCACGGCGCACCGCAUGCAGGGCCAGACGGGAGCGAACUCCCACGACACCGCGCCCGUGUCCGUGACCGGCGGUUACCCUGGCAACGCCGCCGCCGCUCACGGGAAGCCGGCCUACGCGAACGUGUCCGCGGAGAGUUACGAGCGGCAGGAGCAGCGCCCCCUGGUGCACGGGAGGGGCGCAGACGCGCUUGAUGGGUCGCGUGUUCCGGGCGUCGUGUCGCUGACACAGUACAGGCCCGCGCAGCAACACAGGAAUUAUGGACGGAAUGGUAAAGGCAGCCAGCAAAGAGCCAGGUCCAUGGACCCACCCAUGCCUACGGUUACUGUGGAGCGGCAUGUGCCAAUAGUAAAGGAGACCAUCGGACCUGCGAUGGCUAGCAAGUAUGUGCGUACAUCGCAAAGCUUGAAGGACCAGCACUCGAUGGCCAGAAAGGUGUCAGGCAGGCCCACGAGAUAACGUGAACGUUAACGAUGUCAUCGAUCGUCACGGCAUUAGCAUCAACAUCGUUAGUAGCUAAUGUCUGCAAUGAUCAGACUAGAGCAAGUUAUAAACGUAUGAAGGAAAACGUGCCGUUAAAGUCACAUUGGGCCAAGUUCCAUUAAGCUGUGGGCAGGUGACCUGGCUGGUACCUUUACAAUGGUAAAUGCACAGGUAAAUAUGCGGAAAUAUCGAAUAACGUGUAACUGGUGUGGAAGCAUUUUGUGCUAGCGAGUUUCUCAGGCAAGUCCUUUUCACCUGAAUGAGCAAAUAACGUAACAUUGCGCUGGGAUGAAAUGCUUUCAGCAUAAUGCUGUGUGUGUGUGUGUGUGUGUGUGUGUGUAUGCAGAAGCCUAAAUGAAUUACCUUGCAUCUAUUUAAUGACUAUUGAAUAAGUGUGACAAUUUGUAUAUAACAAUUAGAACUACGUAUGUACAUUUUGACUAGAAAACAAUAUUAUAUAAGAACUGUACGCUAGUCACCAUGACCUCAUAUAUUAUAAACUACAUCGUUGAUGGUGUGUCAAGUUGUCAACUCUGUAACUACUUCCCUGUCCUUGUGUAUGUGUGCAUGUUGUUACGACUUACAAGUAAAACUGUAAGAGAAGAGUGAUGACUGAUUAAUGGGGUCCAAAAAUAAAUUCAACUGUCGCUCAAGUUUGAUAUUUUAUUGUAUAGAAAAUGUUAAACGUCGUUAUUUGACAAAAUAUUCGUCAUUAGACAAGAUAUCGGUUACUACUGAUAUAAUAUAACAAAUAUAACAUUUCCAGAACAAGGCAAUUUGUAUGCACUAUAUCCAGCCAUCUAAACGAAAGUACAACAAGUACACUGAGUAUUUAUUAAAUGUAUACAUUUUGUAAUCAAAUAGUUGGUUAAUAUGGUCGUAACACGUACAUUGGUAAAAUAGAUGUGGUUGAAUUAAGGCUGGACUGAAACAAAACUACCUGCACAUUUUUGUAUUAAACUGUUAACCUUUUUUAUUUAACUUUUACUCACUUUAUCAGAAUAUUUGUUGUAUUCAUACGGUUUACUGGGUACACAAUUGGCAAUAAAAAAGGGAUACAUAACAUCCGUCAUACAAUAUAUUA